AUGGGAGGAGGAGCCGUCGCGGGCGGCGAUUUCGAAGCCGUAUUGGCUGAGAAGCAGAAUCUAGGAUGGCGAGGAUUGUUCAAGAAUGGCAAAAUUAUCGCCAUCACUUGCUUUGCAAGUUUGGGAGGUGUCCUCUAUGGAUACAACCAGGGUGUCUUCUCUCAAGUCCAAGUCAUGUACAGUUUCGAACACCGAUACGCCGAUACCUUCCUCAAAGGAUCUGAACACUCUGUCACAAGAGGACUGGUAACCUCUAUUCUUGAACUCGGCGCAUUCUUCGGAUCUCUCAUAGCUGGACCCCUUGCUGAUUCAUUCUCCCGAAAGUACUCUAUUGCUGGCUGGUGUAUCGUGUUCAUGACCGGUACAGCUGUGCAAGCUGGAGCCAAUUACUCAAUUGCCUGCAUUUAUGCUGGACGAUUUGUCGGUGGUCUUGGAGUCGGAGCUUUAUCCAUGCUCGUCCCAAUGUUCAACGCAGAAUUGGCACCACCAGGUAUCAGAGGAUCAUUGGUGGCACUUCAGCAACUCGCAAUCACCUUCGGUAUUCUGGUCAGCUACUGGAUCGCCUACGGAACCAACUACAUCGGCGGAACCGGCGCUGGACAGUCUUCCACUGCAUGGCGUCUCCCUUUGAGUCUACAAUUAAUUCCUGCCUUCAUCCUUGCCGUCGGGAUCUGCUUCUUGCCAUUCUCACCAAGAUGGCUGAUGCUUCGAGGACGUGAGGAGGAAUGCUUGUCCACUCUGGCAUACCUUCGGAAUCACCCUGAGGAUCAUGUAGAAGUUCAGUACGAAUUCCGCGCGCUGCAAGCCGAGCGAUUGGUCGAGCGAGAGGCGGCCAAGGAGCGAUACAGCACUGACGACACCAACUGGAGAACCAGCUUGAAAGAUUACAAACGACUCUUCACCACAAAGCCAUUGCUUCACAGACUUAUGCUUGGUGCUUCUGCGCAAGGUCUUCAACAGUGGACGGGCAUCAAUGCUAUCAUCUACUAUGCUCCGAUCAUUUUCCAGCAAGUUGGAUUGGAAGGCAACACCAUCUCGCUUCUAGCUACUGGGGUCGUCGGUAUUGUCAACUUUGUCUUCACAUUGCCGGCGGUUCUCUUCGUCGACAAUUUCGGACGUAAGCCAAUGUUGGCUCUUGGAGAAGCCAACAUGGCUAUCGCGCAUGCCACUGUGGGAGCCAUCAUAGCUGUCUAUGGCGGUGACUUCCCCAAUCACAAAUCGGCCGGAAAUGGUGCAGUCUUUAUGAUCUAUUGGUUCAUCGUGUGGUUCGCCAUGACCUGGGGACCUCUUGCCUGGGUCGUCUCUGCUGAGGUCUUCCCGCUCGACAUGCGAGCAAAGGGAAUGUCCGUGUCAAGCGCAGUCAACUGGAUCAUGAACUUCACCGUGGCUAUGACGACUCCAGUCAUGAUUGACAACAUUGGUUACAAGACAUACAUGGUAUUCAUGACUUUCUGCAUUGUCGGCUUUAUCUACUCAGUCGUCAUCUUGCCCGAACUUCGCGGUCUAUCUCUUGAAGAGGUUGACAGAAUCUUCAACGACCAGUCUGGAGCUGAAGACCGAGCUCGAAGAGAGCGUGUGGCGAAGCAGAUUGGACUCGACAAGGUCGCCCAAAAUGUCCAGCACAAGGAAGGGACCAACACCGUCGGCGAUGCUGAAAAGGGUAACCGACCUGUCCGCAGUCGACUUCGUGAAGAGCCCGAGUCGCCUACGUCCACUGUCAUCUAA